AUGGAUAAUUCUAUCACACCAUCCCAACUUCAACCAUCGGCACUAGAGGUGGAUAAGGAGGAUGGCAAGAUAAGCUUCUCCAAUAUGACGGAUGAACUAAAGUUGAUGGAUGAUUAUUUUGCAUCACUCCAACUGCAACCAUCAUCGCUGGAGGUGGAGCAGGAGGAUGGCAAAGUGAGACAACAGAAGAAGAGGAGGACAUCAACCAUGAGUGUGGUGACCGGGGUGAUGAGCACCCUUAGUGGCAAGCUUACCACUUUCAUCAACGAUGAGUACAAUAAGUGGAAAGAGGUAAGGAAGCAGGCGUCGUUCCUUGAGAAUGAGUUGAGCGCCAUACACGCUGCUCUUGAGCUGCCGGAGCUCAUGAAUGAGCUUGCUCCAGGGGUAAAAAAUUGGAGGGAUGAUCUCAGGGAGAUUUCCUAUGACAUGGAAAAUUGCAUUGAUGAUUUCAUCCGCCAAUUCGGGGGUGAGGAUGUUGAGGUAGGCUUUUUCACGGAGGCUGAUGAACUUCACAAGAGGUUGUGCGAGCUUCAUCGUAUUUCCAACCAGAUGGAAGAGCUUAAGACUCUUGCGGUAGAAGCAAAUGCUCGACGUGAGAGUUACAAGGUCGAUGAUUGCAAGCCUAGCUUUGGCCCCGUGGCUGUCGACGCUCGCAUGCCAGCGGUCUACCAGGAGGCGGCUAACCUUGUGGGCAUUGAAGGCCCUAGAGAAGAGGUUAUCCUUUGGUUGAUGAAUACUCAGAAAAAACUAAAGGUUGCGUCCAUUGUUGGUUUUGGAGGCUUGGGUAAAACUACACUUGCCAAACAAGUGUUUGACAAGAUCAAAGGGCAUUUUGAUUGUGUGGCAUUCUUUUCGGUUUCGCAGAGGCCUUAUUUGAGAGGGCUUCUCAAUCGCCUACAAUUGAAACUUGGGAUAAAUGUCUCUUCUCACGAUUGCGGGCUUGACGACAUCAUUGAAGAGCUAAGGAAGUAUCUCACAGAUAAAAGGUACCUUAUUAUAGUGGAUGACUUGUGGGAUCAAUCAGCCUGGAAUACUAUUAGUAGUGCUUUUCCAAAAAAUGGAAAUGGGAGUAGAAUAAUUGUAACCACACGAGUGGAAGAUGUGGCUGGUAUGGCCUGUCACAAUAACCGUGAGUGCAUUUAUACAAUGAAGCCCCUCAGUGAUCAGAACUCGAGAAAGUUAUUCUUCAAUAGGGUAUUUGGGCCCGAAGUUGUUUGCCCACGCUAUCUUGAAGACGUCGGGGCUGAAAUCCUGAAGAAGUGUGGUGGAUUGCCGCUUGCAGUUAUCACUAUAGCUAGCCUAUUAGCUACUCAACGGGGAUUAAGGAAAAAGUGGGAGAACAUAAGGAAUUCUUUGAGUGUCCAUUCCGCCACAAAUCCUUCAUUGAAAGAGAUGAAUAGUAUAUUAAACCUUAGCUACACACAUCUUCCUCUUCAUCUCCGAAGAUGUUUUUUGUACCUUGGUAUGUAUCCUGAGGACCACAUCAUAUGGCGAGAUGAUCUGAUUAAACAAUGGAUAGCUGAAGGCUUCGUCAGCAGUUUGCAUGGGUCAGAUUUGGAGGCUGUUGGCAGGAGUUAUUUCAAUGAGCUUGUCAAUAGAAGCAUGAUUCAGCCGGCAGAAACUGAGUAUGGAGAGGUGUUGUCUUGCAGAGUGCACGACAUGAUGCUUGAUUUGAUCCUAAGCAAGUGUGUAGAAGAUAAUUUUGUAAGUGUGGCAUACAAUUCUGAGGACAUGGCAAGACAGCUGCAUUUCUGCAAAUACAAGGUUCGCCGAUUAUCCCUGUGCUCCACGGCUGUUGGUGGAGCAACAUAUGACACGGCUAUUGCUGCUAGGCUGUCACAAGUUCGAUCAUUACUGUUCAAUAAGCCUAUACUCCCUCUUUUGUGGUUCAAGUACCUCAGGGUUCUAAUCAUUUUGAAGGGGCACUAUGUGUCGGAGGAGAUAGUUGACCUCACCGCUGUUAGACAAUUGUUUCAGCUGAGGUGUCUGACGGUAAGUGCUUAUGGAAAAAUAAAGCUCCCUACUAAACUUGGCGAGCUUGUUUACUUGGAGACACUGGACAUAGAAAAGUGCAGACUGAUGGAGAGCAUCCCCUCAGAUAUAGUUCAUUUGCCCCGCCUGUCCUAUAUGCUUCUUCCAAAUUGGACAAAGCUGCCUGAAGGUAUCGGGAAUAUGAAAUCACUGCGGACUCUGCGAGGGCUUGACAUGGAAAAGAGCUCGCUGAAGUGUUUUAUGGGGCUCAGCAAGCUGACCAAUCUGAGUGAACUGCAUAUGUCAGUAGGUUUUAGUUUGGGGUUUCCAAACGUUGAUGCUUUGGCUUGCUCCAUUGGAAAGCUAUAUAACCUUGAAUCUCUGUUGGUCUCUGGCGAGCAUUAUGAGCGUGAGGAUAACCAGCAGCUGGGCUCAUUAUCCAAUCCUUCUCAACAUAUUGAGCGUCUUGAAUUGCCUUUUUGGCAGUUAUGGAGAGUUCCAAAAUGGUUGUGUGGUCUCCAUUGCCUGCGCUUCCUUAAGCUGUAUGUUGAAGAGACAUCAACUCAGGAUGUUCAUCUGCUUGGAGAGCUUCCCUCCCUCGUCGACCUGGAACUCUACGCAGGUGAAAUCCCUGAUGUAAGAGCUAUGUUAGGCACGGGGCUAUUCCCAGUUUUGGAGUCCCUAAAAAUCUGGUCUAGUAAAGACGCUACAGUGUACCUGGGCUUCGAGGCAGGUGCUAUGCCCAGUUUACGAACACUCUGGAUCUGUGCGUUCGACUGGGGUGGCACUGUACCAGCCGGCAUGGAGCACUUGUUAUACCUCGAGGAGAUCAAACUGUAUGGGGUCUGCAAUAAUAAGGAUGCCAAGCAUGUGGGCUAA